ACAUCUCUUUUCUAACCUCAAAGAUCGCCACUUAUAUAUAAGAUUAUCCACAAACCCCAUAAACACACACACAAUCACAAAACACAAGAGCUCAAAACAAAAACACCAUAGCAACAAUGUCGAAAAUCUCAAAGGCUUCAUCUCUCUGUCUCUUCCUCGUCUUCGUCCUCCUUAGUUCCCGACCUGCACUCUCACUCCGCGGCCCAAACCUUCUAUCAGAACCAAAAUCAGCUCAAUCCCUAAUGGAUGAUUCAUCUUCAAUGAACAAGAUCGAGUCCGGAAAUGCAAAAUCCAUGAUUGGUGGAUUCUUCAGUCACAUGUUUCCAUUGAAGGGCUGGCCUUUCCCAAAGUACCCACCUUUCACAAUGGUUAACCCUAACAUUCCUACAAACCCAUCUGGAGCUCAAGAAGAAACCACGAAGUUACCUUCUUCUCCAAGCAAAGGCAACAAAGAUGGAGGAAACGCUUGAAGAUUGGAGUUAGCUACUUGUGUUUGAAGACAUUUCUAUGGUUUUACAUUGCAUUAAAUAAAAAAUGUAACUUUAACAACUGAAUGGUAAAAGAAGAA